CACGAGACGGUCUUGCUGGUCGCGCUGGUGUUCGCUCCCAAGCUGCUCCCAAGCUCGUGGGAGAUCACGCGCUCCGUGGAGGAUAACGCCGCUGUGGUGGAGCUGCGUCCGCGGGGAGUGGUGCGAGAGACACGCAGCUUUAGAGGAUUUGUCUUUAAAAAAAAAAAUUGGGGGGCGGUUCGAGCAGGUGCACGCGACCAGGACCCAUCAAAGCCGAGCUCCGUUAAUGAAACUUUGUUACGACGCACGCGCUGGGGCUGCUGUACACCAUGUAAAGGUGAAGCCUAAGGUCGCGGUGUUGACCAUGCUAAAGAGGCUGGACAAAAUAAGGUUCCGUGGUCCGAAGCGCGAUGACUUCCUGGAUCUGGCUGAGUCACCUACUGCCUCAGACAAUGAGAACAGCGAAGACGUCCCGCCUAAGCCUCAGCCUGUGCCGCGAGACCCGGAGGACUGGAGAGACCCUGCUGGAUCUGGGGCUCUCAACAUGGCUGCCUUGCAGGACCUAAGGAGCGAUUCAGAGCGUCUCAAUGAGGUUAAGGGUCAUCUGGAAAUCGCCUUACUGGAGAAGCACUUCUUGCAGGAGGAGCUGAGGAAGCUGCGAGAGGAGACCAGCGUGGACUCGCUGAAGCAGGAGCUGGAGAAGGAGCGUGCACGCAGGCUGGACCUGGAGCUGAAGAUGAAUGAGGCGCUUAAGUCCAGGUUAGAGGACUCUCCUCCCCAGCCGUCCCGUAAACAGCAGUCACCGUCGGCCAAUGGCACAGACAAGCAGCGGAAGGAGACGCUGUGCUCCCGGUUGCAGAAGUGGCUCUAUGAGCGCUUUGGUGUUUACAUUGAGGACUUCCGCUUUCAGCCGGAGGAGAACACCAUAGAACCAGAGGAGCCUCUCAGUGCUAAGCGGUUAACAGAAAACAUGAGACGACUUAAGCGUGGCGCCAGACCUGUAACAAACUUCAUGAGGAACCUGUCAGCCUUAUCCGACUGGCACUCCGUGUACACGUCAGCGAUUGCCUUUAUUGUCUACAUGAAUGCUGCAUGGCAUGGCUGGGCCAUCCCAAUGUUUCUCUUCUUAGCCAUUCUGAGGUUGUCUUUGAAUUACCUCAUUGCAAGAGGGUGGAGAAUUCAGUGGAGUAUUGUGCCUGAAGUUUCUGAACCUGUGGAGCCUCCGAAAGAAGACCUGACCGUAUCAGAGAAGUUCCAGUUAGUGCUCGAUGUUGCACAGAAAGCCCAGAAUCUUUUUGGAAAGAUGGCAGAUGUUUUAGAGAAAAUAAAAAAUCUGUUCAUGUGGGUGCAGCCUGAGAUAACCCAGAAGCUGUACAUUGCGUUGUGGGUGGCCUUCAUCUCAUCCUGUGUUCUGCCCUACAAGCUUAUGGGCUUUAUUAUUGGGCUGUAUGCCGGCAUCAAGUUCUUCAUCAUCGACUUCCUGUUCAAGAGCUGCCCCAAGCUGCGAGACAAGUAUGACACGCCAUACAUGGUGUGGAAGAGCCUGCCCACGGACCCUCAGCUGAAGGAGCGCACCAGCACCGCCGUGUCCAGACGGCUGUCUUGGUGUGCAAAGAUCCAGCCGGUGGUAUCGCGGGGCAGCCUGGCAGCUAUACCCUCUGGCGCAGGCAGGGAGGAGGAGAGCAGCCGUUCGCACAACCCCAAGAGAGGCGUCUUCCACGAGAUCUUCAGCCUGCCAGAAACAGAGAGGCCCCUGGCUGUGUGUGAAAAUGGAUGGAGGUGCUGCUUGAUAAAUCGGGACCGGAAGAUGCCCACUGAUUACAUUCGCAACGGUGUCCUCUAUGUUACUGAGAACCACUUGUGUUUUGAGAGCUCCAGUUCCAGAUCGAGCUCCUCCAAGAAGAACAAAGUCAUUAAACUAGUAGACAUCACAGAUAUCCAGAAGUAUAAAGUGUUAUCAGUUUUGCCUGGGUCUGGGAUGGGAAUCUCCAUUGCCACACCCUCAACACAGAAGCCCUUGGUCUUCGGUGCUAUGAUCCACAGAGACGAAGCCUUCGAGGCAAUCUUCACGCAGUACAUGAAGAUUGUGACCACAGGCAGCCCUGAGACUUAAGCCCUGCCAAGCUGCACGGGGGUAGGCAGGGAUCAUGGGCGUGGCAGAAACGCACCUUUUUUUCACGUUGGCUGGUUAGAAAAUCUCAUUUGACGGGCAGAAAACUUGCACCAAUGAUUGGCGAAGAUGUUUGCACAUU